GGGUGAGGCCAUGGCCUCACAGCAGGGGGUCGCACUCUGACAGGCAGCAGCUGACAGACACUGUGCGCACGAGCAGAGAUGGAGAAAGCCCACAGCCUGCUCCUGAAUGAGGAAGUGUGUGGCCAACUGGGGGAACACCAGAAGGCGCAGUUCAUCUUCGAAUGGCUGAGUUUUCUGAAGAAGCUGCUGCCAGCGGCUGACCGGGCGGAUAUAAAACAUAACCAAAAGAGGCUGGUGGAGCAGCUGAUGGUGGUUCUCAUAGGCUCUCCAGGACCACCAACGCGCCAACUACUUGCCCAGUGCCUCUCCCUACUUUACAGACUGGGAGAUCCGUUUUCGGCCAGCCUCGCGGUCGACAAGUGUAAUGACAUCAUCCUCAGCAAGGACGACUCGCCCAGCUUCCUUCCCACCCGGCUGGCAGCUAUUACCUGCCUAGGUGCCAUUUAUGAGCAACUGGGCCGGUUGCUUGGCAACACCUUUACAGUAGCUGUGGGAAACCUACUAAAAAUGAUGAAGAAUGCUGAGUCACAAGGGCGUUAUGAGAUCAUGCUGAGCAUUGAGAAGAUCCUGCGAGGCCUGGGAGUCAGUGCGGUGCCCUGUCACAGGGACAUCUACAAGGCAGCGCGUUUCUGCCUCACAGACCGCUCUAUGUCUGUGCGUUGUGCUGCUGCCAGGUGCCUGUUGGAGCUUCAGAGAGAGGCUGUGUUCCUGUGGACCUCAGAGUUGGAGAAUGUGGCCACAUUGUGCUUCCGUGCUUUUGAAGGCUCCAAUUACAACGUGCGCGUGAUGGUGUCCAAGUUCCUGGGCACCGUGCUGGCUGCAGCGAUCGUGCCCAGACAGGCCACAGGUGCACCCAAGGAGAGCGUCAAGAGAACUUCUUUUGCUGAAGCGAUGGAACUGUUGUCAGGGGGCUUCCUGAGAGGGGGGGCCAGCUUCCUGCGGGCCAGCGGGGACAUGCUGAAAGGGACGAGUUCUGUCAGCAAAGACAUCCGCGUGGGCAUCUCACAGGCCUGCGUGGUGCUCGUUUCCUGCCUUGGUAGCGAGUGGCUGGAGGCAAACUUUCCGGCACUUGUGGCGCAGGUCCUGGAGCUGGCGUCGCACCCACGGACCACCCAGACCGCGUCCGACUCGGCUUGCAGUCGCCGCUGCGUGUCUUUCAUCCUGCGGGCCACCCUGGGGACAAUGCUCGGGCCGAAAGCCCAGGUUGCUGCUGCCAAGGAGCUCUGUUCACUAGUGGGCAAACAGAAAAAGGCCCUGGAUGCACCUGUGAGUGACUGCAGCAUGGAGACGAGGCUGAACGUCGCCGAUGUAGCGGCUAGCCAACACACACUGGUGUGUGUCUUGCAGGAGCUCGGCAGCCUGGUGCAGGGCCUUGGCUCUUCUGCAGACUCCCUGCUGCAGGAGCCUAGUGCAGGAGCGCUGGACACGGUGACCUCUGUGCUGCUGCAUCCCAGUGCGUCUGUGCGGCUGGCUGCAGCGUGGUGUCUCCGUUGCUUCGCCGUGGCACUACCAGCACACCUGUCCAUGUUGGUGGACCGCUGUGGCGAGCGGCUCAACGCACUCAGAGGCAGCUCUGAGGCGGUAGCUGGGUACAGCGCUGCUAUCGCCGCCCUGCUGGGUGCUGUGCAGCACUGCCCUCUGGGAGUACCACAUGCAAAAGGCAAGGUUGUCCUUAGCCUUGCAGAGGAGCUGCUCCGCUCAGCCACCCAGAACAGCCGCCUCUCCAUCCAUCGCACCCAGGGAGGGUGGCUUCUACUCUCUGCGCUCAUGACCCUGGGUGGGGCUGUGGUAGUACACCAUCUGCCCAGGGUAUUGCUGCUGUGGAAGUGUGCCUUUCCACUCUCGGUCCAGGAGCUUCACACCGAGCGCAGCCGUGGGGACGCCUUCACUUGGCACGUGGCGCUGGAGGCUAGAGCUGGAGCGCUCUGCGCCAUGAAGAGCUUCUUCUUGUACUGCAGAGAUCUUGUGAACGAAGAGGUCAUAGAUCGCUUGCACACACCCUUGGCUUGUGCGGUUGCUCUACUGACUCAAUUCCCUGCUCUCAUCAGAUCUUAUGGUAACCAGAUCAAGAAUGUGGCCACUACGUUCAGAUGGAGGCUGUAUGAAGUCCUGACGCUCAUACCCCCUAAGACCUAUGAAGAGAGUUUUGGCACAUUGCUGAAGCAGCUGGUGAGUGACUUGACUGUGGUGGAGAACUCUGUGUCCUCUGGGCUGAUGCUGUUGCUGCCUUUCUGCCACCCAAACGACAUGUCAGUCCUGGGCCCUCCUGUGCAGGACACUGACCAUCUCUUCCUUGAAGAGCAGUUGCACCAUGGGAGCAGUGUUGGAGUAGGCAGCCUAGAGUGUGACCCGUUCACAAUCUGUAAGAAGUCCCUGGAUGUCCCAGUGCCGCUCCCAGCGGCCUGCCCUGUCGGCAUUGCAGCAGCACAGCUAUUCGGGGUCAUCUUUCCUCACAUUGGCGCUUCUCGUAGCAUCCAGAUUUUGGAGCAGUUUUCAGAGUGUCUCAAACAACUGAAAGGUCCUCGCCAGCAGAGUCCACAAAUCCAUGUGGUAUCAGCCUUUUGCUGUGCAUUAAAGCAUUUGGGGUGCAGUCCCAAUGUACUGGUGUCGGAGCACGUGUGCAGGCUGGGCCUGGGACUGCUGCUGCGAGCCCUGGAGAGCAGCGAUGACCUGCUGCGUUGCACAGCCGCCGAAGGCCUGGCCCGGUUGGUGCAGGUCGCCAACGAUUCUGCCUUCUCGGUUUCCACCAUGCAAAUCAGCUUUGAGAAGUUGAAAACUGCAAGGGAUGCAAUGUCCAGGAUGGGCCAUGCCCUGGCCUUGGGCACCCUGUAUCGCUACAUGGGGGGAAUCGGCUCCCCCCAGCACCUCAGUGCCUGUUUGGGGAUCCUCUUCACCCUUUCUCAGGACAGCAGCUCACCUGAGGUCCAGAUGUGGGCUCUGCACUCUCUCUCUCUGGUUAUUGACCUGGCAGGGCCUAUGUACCAUGCCCAUGUAGAGCCUACCUUUACUCUGGUACUGCGGAUGCUGUUGACUGUACCGCCUGCCCAUGUGGAGGUCCUCCAAAGCUUAGGCCGCUGCCUCAGCGCUCUCAUCACCGCACUAGGUCCAGACUUGCAAGGUGAAGGCCCGCUGCUGUCAGCGCUUCGGACCUCCUGCCUUGUAGGGUGUGCCGUGAUGCGGGAGAGCCAUGACUGCCUGGUGCAGGCGCAAGCCAUCACCAGUCUACAGCAGUUGCACAUGUUUGCCCCACGCCAUGUCAAUGUGGCUAACCUGGUGCCCUGCCUCUGUGUAAACAUGUGCAGUUCUUACCUCUCCCUUCGGAAGGCAGCGGUGGCGUGCCUUAGGCAGCUGACCCAGCGGGAGGCAGUAGAGGUAUCUGACUAUGCGGUGACUGUGGCCAAGGAGCUCCCACGCAGGGACAGUACUGUGCUGGAUGUCACCAUCAAGGAGAGGGGCCUGGAGGGAGCACUCUUCAUCCUGCUGGACCAGGAGAUGGACCCACAGCUGCGCCAGGACAUCCAGGAGAUACUGGGUCACAUGCUGAGCUCUGUGACGGUAGCCAGGCUUUCACACUGGCUGAAACUAUGCAAAGAUGUCCUCUCUGUCUCUGCUGGUGUUACCGCAGACUUUGCCGCAACUCUCCGAGCGGAUGUGAACGAGAGAGAAGAUGAGAAGGAACAAGCCGACGACGACUCCAUCUUCACCUGCAAGUCAGAGUCCAGCAGCCCUUUCAUCAACUUACGAUGUUCCACACGCGCAUUUGCAGCAGAGUGCGUGUGUCGCAUCAUCUCCCAGUGCGAAAAUGGAGACCCAGCCCAUUUCCACAUGGCCCUUGCCCAGGAGCGCCGCCUGCAAGACUCUACCACUGAGCAAGAUUUUCUGGUUCUGCACUUGGCUGAUCUGAUUUGCAUGGCUUUCAUGGCUGCCACAGACCACAACAGUCAGCUUCGGAUGUCUGGUCUCCACACCCUUUUGGUCAUCAUUCGCAAGUUUGCAGCAGUCCCGGAACCUGAAUUCCCAGGCCACGUCAUCCUUGAGCAGUACCAGGCUAACGUAGGCGCAGCAUUGAGACCAGCGUUUAGUGCAGAUACACCUCCUGAUGUCACAGCCAAGGCCUGUCAGGUGUGCAGUGCCUGGAUUUCCAGUGGUGUAGUCAGCGACUUAGGAGACCUGCGAAGGGUACACCAUCUCCUUACCUCAUCCUUGAUCAGAGUGCAAGCAGCAAAAGAGGUGCCAUGUCAGCAGUACAAUGAGAGCACGACCACCAUGGAAACACUAGCAGUGUUGAAGGCCUGGGCUGAGGUCUACAUAGCAGCAGAGGGAAGCCCUAAGAGCAAGGACAGGCUUGCCAGGUUCAUGGAGCCUCCAGGUCCUAGUACAGUUGAAGAAUCUGUGGGAGCAGGUCUUACGGGAGAUGGGCUGCUAAAGUUGGUCCAGGCUGACCUGCCCACCCUCAGCCGGUUGUGGCUUGCUGCUCUGCAGGACUACGCCCUUCUCACCCUACCUCAGGAGUAUGCUCAUUGGCUCCCAGCUGCUGGUGGUGCAUUUUACACCGCUGAAACUGUGGACAGUGCCAGGCCUCACUAUUGCAGCGCCUGGGCCCCCAUCCUGCAUGCCACUGCGCUGUGGCUGAAGAGCACCGGCUUCAUUGUGGUGGACGAUGGCCCUGCCAACCUGUCUCGCCCUGUUACCCCGACAUCAAUGGGCCAGUCCACAUCAUUGGCCAGUAUCCAGUCUCCUGAAGAUGUGAACACUGAUCGCUUGCACCUUAUCCUAGGCAUCACCAUGGAGUUCUUGUGCUCUCCACAUUCUGAUGCUCAGAUGGAAGAUAUAAUCUCAUGUCUUCAUGCCCUGCAGUCCUUAUUGGAUGUCCCCUGGCCUAGGUCUAAAAUUAGCAAUGAUCAGGCCCUAAGUGUAGAGCUACUGAGUGUGCUGCACAGGCUCAUCGUGACGCGGGAGUCUGCCAGCAUCCAGCUGGCUGUACUGGAGCUGGUGCAUCAGGUGGUGUGUGCGGCACAGGAGCACGUGAAAGAGAAACGACACAGCGCUGAGGUUGACGAUGGAGCAGCUGAGAAGGAGACUCUGCCGGAGUUUGGGGAAGGCCGUGACACCGGCGGGCUGGUGCCGGGGAAGUCGCUGGUGUUUGGUGCUUUGCAGCUGUGCCUGUGUAUCUUAGUGCGGAAGCUGCCACAGCUCAGCCCAAAGCUGAUGGGCAGCGUCCCCGGACACAGCAUGCAGCCCCAGCCCCUGAGCCACAGUGACUGCACACUGGUGUCCGCAGCGCUGAGCAUCCUGUCCGAUCUGCCGUCUGUAUGCUCCCCUGAGGGCAGUAUCUCCAUCCUGCCCAGUGUGCUGUACCUCGUGAUCGGAGUGCUGUGGGAGCUGGUGCGACAGGAACCUGAGGCUCUGCUGUCUGCCCUCUUGUCAGUGGCUCUGCAGGUCCUUCGGGUGCUGUUGUCUUCUCCCAUGGCUCAUGCGGAGAAAAGUCAGCAUGCCUGGGCCCACUUACUGCGCUGUGCCCUCAGCACACUACUGGACUUCUGGGACUCGGAAGAGGUUCAUAGUGGUGUGAAUGAGGUGAGCCUGCUGACAGCUGUCACCAUCUUCCUCCUAUCUGCUAGCGCCAAGGUCACCACUGUAUCGAGUUUGCAGACACGCUGCAUUGCCAAGUUCAAGGGAUGUCUGCAAUCUAAGGACCCAGUGGUGGUGAGUAGAACCUACCAGCUGCUUCAGUCACUUUUCCAGAGUGCUGCAGCGGAUGUGUCCGUGCCCUUCGUCCAGGCGCUGGGUGGGACGCUCGUGGAACACCUGCAGGCUGCGGAGAAGAGACAGCCUCGAAGCACAGAUGAGGUGCAAGCUGUGCUGGAGGGGGUCAGGGCCUUGGAGGCAUUGGUUUCUGCAGCGGAGGAAGAACACCGAGCCCAGCUGACUGCCGUCCUGCUGCCCAUCCUCAUCUCCUUCCUGCUGGAUGAGAAUGCUCUGAGCUUGGCCUCUUUGCCUGCCCUCACUCUGCACAAGUGUGCUCUGCAGGACUUGAUGCGCAUCGGUCCCCAGCACUCAUCCAUCUUCAAGGCCAUUAUGGCUUCUUCCCCAUCGCUGAAGGCACGGUUACAGUCUGCUGUCAAGGUGAACCAGGAAAGCGUGAAGGCCAGAAGUGCACUAGGUCAGCCCCAUUGCAAGACCUCCCCCAGCAUCCAGCUUAAGACCAACUUCCUGUGAUCACGUGGCCUUUGUAGUGGGGCAGAACACCCUUCUACGCAUGCAAAACCAAUCCUUUUAAUUCUACCAGGGAUGAUAAAGAAACACAAAGCUUCUUGUUUAAUUUCCCUUAAUGUUGUUAAUUUCCCAAAUUCAUUUUUUUCUUGCAUCUAUUUUUGUACCGAUUUGCAUAAUAUACAGGCACCACGUAGCGUAAGGGUUGGAGUUAAGGACUCAGACUUGUAACCUGAAAGUUCUGGUUCAAUCCUUACUCCCUGUUAUUACCUUACUGUCUUUAAGCAAGGAACUUAAACUCCCCAGUAAAGGAACCAGCUGUAUAAAUGAUCAAAUACUUUGGGUGAAAGUGUCAGCUAAGAAAUGAAUUAACUGGAAGUUCACUAAUAAAUGCACAUCAGGUAGCACAGUGGUUAAAACUGCUGCUUGUACUCAAAGAGCCCAUGUUCAAAUCCCACCUCCUGCUGUAGUGCCCUUGAUCAAAGUACUUAACAUGAAGUUCUUCAGUAAAAAUUACUCAACUGCAUAAAUGAGUAAAUCAUUAAACGUAGCCUAACAGUAUGUGACUGCUGAACUAAAUGAAUAAACGAUACGUGGUAAAGUCAGUAAAUUCAAAGACUUGCCAUCAUGUAAUGGCACCACAUGGCAGACAGUCUUAGAACUUACUGACCGCACUGUGAAACAAUGUAACUUGGACAGGAGAAAAGUGAAAGAAAUAAGGUGAGUGCAGUCAGUGUCAGAUUGGAAGCAUUAAAUGAGAAAGUGUUUAUACCCUGGGUCCCCGUGUAAUGCACAUUCAGGUAAAGUUUUUAAAGAAACUG